AUGUAUAAAAUACAAACAUUAAAUAGAGAGCAAGUGGUAGAGUUGUGGGAGGUUGAUAGGUCUGAAAUCAUUCGUUCAAUGUAUAGAAUGAGUGUUGAUGAUGACAGCGGUAAGGAGAAGUCAUUGCUCGAAUAUCCAGAGUAUCACGACGUCAAAGGAUUCUCAGAGGAAGACAUACAGCUAUACACACCAAUACUGAUAGAGUGUUUCGAUCGAGAUGGUUAUUUCUAUGUGAUCAGAGAAGAUGACAAAUCCAAUACCGAUCGUCUUGGUAAAAUCAUUGGUUGUGCUGUGCUUGAUUCAAAGAGGAUCGGUGUCAACGGUGAUCUCUUGCAGUUGCUAUUCUUUUAUGUAGGUGCUGACCAGCGUGGCAAAGGUCUUGGUAAACUACUCUUCAAACGAUGCAUUGAGCAGCUAAAGAAUCUGGAUGACGUCAACGGUAUCUAUAUCUCUUCGAUUCCUGCCAAGAACACCGUAGAUUUCUAUUUAUCACAGGGUUGUCAGUUAAUCGACACACCAGAUCCUGAAUUAUAUAAGAGGGAACCAGAGGAUAUUCAUUUAAUAUUCAAAAAAUAG